UCACAUCCAUAUUAGAUUGACAGUUAACAUAUCUGUCAUUCUCGUACAUUUUUUGGGUAUUGUGGGCUCUAUUUCCCAAUAAAACUAAGGUUUUUGUACAUUUGAAAUUAUAAAUCAAAACUAAAGAAAAAUGGCUUCGAUUCGCUCAAUGUCUCGUCUUCUAUCUAGCAGAACCCUUCAAACUACUGUAAGAAGAACUUACGCCGAUCAAAUGAAAUUCAUCUUUGCCGCUGGAAACCAGGUGUAUUAUAAUGCAUCCUCAGUGAAACAAGUAGAUGUACCUUCAUUCUCUGGAAAUUUUGGUAUUUUACCUGCCCAUGUACCUACAUUAGCUGUUCUUAAACCAGGAGUAGUUACAGUAUAUGAAGAUGGUGGUAAUGUUAAGAAAAUCUUUGUUUCCAGUGGUACUGUAACAAUAAAUGAUGAUUCAUCUGUACAGAUUUUGGCAGAAGAAGCUCAUCCUGUAGAAAAUCUUGAUCUAAAUGCGGCUAGAGACAUCCUUAGUACAGCUCAAAGUCAAUUGUCAUCAGCAAGUACAGAUGAGGCUAGAGCUGAAGCUGCUAUCGCCAUAGAAGUAGGAGAAGCUUUAGUAAAAGCUGCUGAGUAGAAAAGAACAAUGUAAUUUUUGUUAUUUUUAUUUAUAAUGAAAUAAACUAAUGGAUCAUUGAUUAUUUCCAAUGAAAUUUAAUUGAGCAACCUUAGUUAUGUAAAUGUCGAAAAUUACGAGAAUCAGUAUACACUUUUUGUUCCAAAA